GCAUGAUUUAUAUCAGUAGAUAAUUUGCGAGAGAGGAAAAACACAAAUGAUGACCAGCGAAGAUGUGGAAACAAUCCAUUAUUGGACGCCAAUGGCCCAGGCCGGCUAUUUCGGCAUGGCCCCACUGGCGACAUCGCGUUCCUCGCUUCUUGUCCGCCCGUCCACAAGGGAUAACGACCGCAGAGUGGUGCUGAAUAUUAGCGGCAGGAAAUUUGAAACAUGGGAGACAACUCUAGAGAAAUACCCGGAGACUCUAUUAGGAGGAAAGGAAAAGGACUCGUUUUACGACAAAGAGAAACAGGAGUAUUUUUUCGAUCGCGACCCGGUAUUUUUCCGCCACGUUUUGAACUACUAUCGCAAAGGGAAAUUGCAUUUCUCUUUGGAGGAGUGUGGAAAGUUUUACAAGGAGGAGCUGAAAUUUUUCAAGAUCUCUCCGGACAAUGUAGACUUGUGUUGUUUUGAGGAAUUCGAAGAAUCUGUUAGUUUAAAUUUCCGCAAGCCUCGUCCACCGGGCGAGUCAAGAUGCGAUUGUUCUGUACAGAAAGUCCGAAAAUCCUUACGCCAAAGAGUUUGGGACCUCUUUGAGAACCCCUAUAACAGUUCUCUUGGUAAAAUCACUUAUGCAGUGACGGGGAUAGCUAUUAUUGUGAGCAUACUCACAACAAUAACAGAAACAAUUCCCUGUUCUACGACAAGAACCUGCGGGGAACUCCAUGCGAGCGCUUUUUUCAUUGUGGAUGGAGUAUGUGUAGGAAUUUUUACUUUGGAAUAUUUGGUUCGCUUACUAUCUGCUCCGGAAAGAUGGCCAUUUGUGAAGAACUUCCAAAGCAUUAUAGAUGUAGCUUCAGUAAUGCCGUUUUAUUUGGAUAUCUUAUUUGAGCAAAUCAGCGGAGGAAGUAGCGGCGCCGAGGGAUUAACAAUCCUCCGUGUUUUCCGAGUUUUCCGGGUGGUAAAGAUGUCGCGACAUUCAAAGCGUUUGCAGUCACUAGGUGCGUCGAUAAAGAACUCAUCCUCAGAAUUGGGUUUUAUUCUCUUCUCGUUUUCCCUUGGCGUGGUGAUCUUCGCGACUGUUAUAUAUUAUUGCGAGAAAGACGAACUAAACACGUCGUUCCUCAGCAUUCCAGACGGAAUGUGGUACGCAAUCGUUACUAUGACGACCACAGGAUAUGGAGACAUGACACCGGAAACCGCGAUUGGCCAACUGAUGGGAAGUUUCUGUUGCAUUGUGGGCACUUUGGUGAUUGCACUUCCGGUUCCAAUCUUGGAAAUGAAGAUGAAACUUGUCAAUUUGAACCAGGGAGGGGAGGAUGAGGGUACGGGGAGUGACGAGGAAGAGAGAAAAGAAAACACGGAACAGGAAACAAACGUCUGAUCCCAACCGAAGAUACAAAGGUCACAGCUAGACUAACAUCUGAUUUCAGCCAAAAAAAGACAAAGUGGCAUCUAGACUAACGUCUGAUUACACCUAAAAGACUUUAGGUCGCAUCCAGGCUAUGGCUGAUAUCACCAAAGACAAUGUCGCAUCCGGACUAUUUCUGAUAUCACCCGGAAGACAAAGUCACAUCCAGGUUUAUGUCCACUUAUAUGCACCCGACUAAUGGAAAUAAGGCUUGCUAACCAGGCUAUCAAGGUUCUCCCUUCCCUAUUUUCCCAUUUUCCCCCACAGCAUUCCAACAUAGAUCUCUCUGCAAAGUAACGCAACAUCGUCAGAUGUGUUAAAGCAACCCCCCCCCCCCCCCUCAAAUGUCUCUCUUCCGUGAAAACCCAUGAUUUAAACGACCACGGGGUAAUAAACCCGACCAUUAGUUCAUUUUCUGUAUAUUUAAUACAAAAUCUCGACAGCUAUUUACAAUUGCUCGUUAUUAUAAAGAUACCUGUGUUGACUGUUCAAAGGUCGGGAAAAUUAAGUUGCAGCUGUUUUACCAAAGCUGUUUGUACAGUAGAGACAAAAUCAUUUUCUGAUAACUGGGAAAAAAAUCAUCUAAUUCACACACAAAAAAAAACUGAAUUUUGAAUUUAAAAAAAAUAAGUAGUAGAAAAAAAAACUGAAAAAAGGUGGAAAAUAUUCUUACCACAUUAUAAAUAAAGGAGAGUGUAAUUAAUAUAAAGCAAUCAACAUUUCAAUGAUGCUCAGGUUGAUCGGCAGCCAUUGUAGAAACGUACCUAUUACCCUAAUUAUCAUAUUUUAUUAGCAGUCAUUAUAAUCUUCUUAAUAAAUAAUAACCAAAUAAACACGUCCAUAUAA